CCACAGUGUUGUGUGCGGAUGGGCAGAGUGUGUUUAUUUUGUGAGAUUAGCUGCACCGUGGAUAAGCACCGUCCACAGAACAAGAAGUGACUGAUAACAGUUCAACCAACCUAAUAUACCACCGAUCACUGCGUGGGCCGACUGAACUAUAUUUCCAAUGAUCUGAACAACCGUGUCCCGGUUUCUCCUUUCCUACGCAUUAUUUUGAUUGCAGUGUGUGCCCUUGAAAGCGAUAAGAGAGAUGCUUUCGAGGCUGCUGUACCUGCUGUUGCUGGCUCUUAGCGUUCACUAUCAGGACACCGAAGCCAGCACGCAUUGGCUGCUGAACACCAACGGGCAGAUCAUUCCACAGCUGACGUCGCCUUUCUAUCUGCGCCGGUCGUACGAUUUGAUUGCGUUUCUCAACCAGAAUGUCUACAAGCAGAAAAUAGAUCUGAUCAUUAGCGAACUGUUGGCGAUCAAGUCGAAUCUCACCGCCAAGAUGAACAAUCUGGACGCAUACACGAAUGAUCUGACGAACAAGAUUGGUUGCAUACCAAACUUCUAUCUCGACGAAUCGGACAUCCUGAGUACGAUUAUCAACAUGAACUACAUCAACAGGAUUACGAUCCCGGACAAGGGAUCGGCUGCGGCCGGGGCUGUCAGUUCCAAGGCGAUCACGACCAAGGGCAAAGCUCCUUCACCCAAGUGUGGUGACUAUAUGAAGAUGGGCUUCAGUGUGGGCAGCUUUGACCACCUGGAUGGGGUCCACAAUCGGACCCAGCUAAAAAUGAUUCCCGAGGACAUGUUCAAAUCCCUAGAGUUCUAUAUUCCUUCGGUGAAAUCUCCGCAAGCCCUGGCGGAGGACUUGAGGAAGAAUCCUAACUCCUGGAAGUACCAUACGAUUGCGUCGUACUAUUGGCGGAAGAAAGGGAACGCUCGGGAAGCGCUCGAAUGUGCCCGGCGAGCGGUGGUGCUGGCACCACGAAAGUACAAAGACAUCGCCCUGCUCAGUAUGGGAACCAUACUGCAGCGAUCGCAGUAUCUGAACGACUCGCUGAUUGUACUGCGGGCGGCCGUGGAUCACGAACCCAACGAGCCGGAAAAUCAGAUGGCCUUGGGCAACACCUACAUGCUGCUGUCGGAGUUCAACCGAUCGUUCGAGGCGUACAAGGCGGCCGAGAGUUUGGAUUCGGUGUACUCGGAACACAACGACUACAUUAAGAAAUCGAUCAACUGCUUCAAGGAUCUCAAAAUCAACCUGCUGACGAUGGAAAGAUUACUUCAAGACAUCAUCCCGGGCCUAGAGCGAUAUGGAGCUCUACAAAAGGAAUUUGAUGAAUAUCACGAAAAGCUCGACAGGGAACAGGCUCCCCUAAAAACGCGCGUCUUCGACGAAGCCUACAGCAAGCAGGUGGAUUUCCUCAUCCAGCGAAGCCAGAUCUGCACCACCCGGAUGACGAAGGAGAAGAGCGAACCGAUCCUUUCGUGCGAUUUCAUCUCCGACGUGCAGAUGCUGAUGGAGGACUUUGCCGUCGAGAUCCUGAACAACUACGUCGACCUGAAGAAGGAGCUGAUCAAUACGUACAAAAUUAACUCGCUCGGGAUCUACAAGAAGAUCUUCGUGGAGCAUUUUUAAUUUGUUUCCGAUGUUUUUUUGUUUUUUUUUGUUUUUUUUUUUAAAUCUCGGGAAGAUGUAAUCGAACGCAAAAGGUGCGCGUUUUAAACUCGUUUUUCUCAAUUCUCAUUGAUGUAGAUCGUAGUGUCUAUUUAUUGAAACUGAAAGCAGUAGUUUUAUAUUUAUGUUAAUUGCAAGCAGAACCAGUUUGUACAGAGAAAUA